UGCGGACAGAGCCCUCCCUCGAGUUCCCCACCCCACGGCUGGACCGGAGCAGCCGCCCCCGGGCACAUGCAGCUCCCGUGAUGGAGCCAGGGGCUUGCUGGGCCCUGGAGCCCCACCUUGGGACUCCAGCGUUGUCAGCCCCUCUGGGGCAUCUCAAGCUGUAGCACACAGAUGAGUUUGUGGGGUCCUAGCACGGGGGCUGGGCAUAUGAUGGGGCGUUUUGUUGUGCGGGGUGAAAGCUGCUGUGUGUGUGAUCCCUGGAGCUGGUGUGGAAGGCCCUUCUCUCUGACACCCGGCCUCUCCUCUCCAUUGCCUGCCCUGUCGUGCCGCCUGCUCUGGCUGCUUUCCCCCCGCAGUACAUGGGGUGCAUUGAGGUGCUGCGCUCCAUGAGGUCCCUCGACUUCAACACCAGGACACAGGUCACCAGGGAAGCCAUCAACAGACUAUACGAGGCAGUGCCGGGUGUGAAGGGCAUCUGGAAGAAGAAGGCUCCCAACAAAGCCCUGUUCUCCAUCCUGGGCAAGAGCAACCUGCACUUUGCUGGCAUGAGCAUCGCUGUCAACAUCUCGGUUGAUGGGCUGAACCUCAUGAUCCCCACCACACGCCAGAUCAUCGCCAACCACCACAUGCAGUCCAUCUCCUUCGCCUCCGGUGGGGACAUGGAUACCACGGAUUAUGUUGCCUAUGUCGCCAAGGACCCCAUCAACCAGAGAGGUGACACCGGCCUCCUUGCCUGGGAGCUCUGUGGAGGAGGGAUGCACUGGGGGGUGAAGGCUGGAGGAGGAGAUCCCUUAUGGGGAACACGAGGGGUGGCUCAGGGUGGUCCUGCUGCAAUGAUGGGAGUGUGGGGAGAAACACUCAAACCGUCCAUCUGUCUGUCCACAGCCUGCCACAUCCUGGAGUGCUGCGAGGGGCUGGCGCAGAGCGUCAUCAGCACGGUGGGACAGGCCUUUGAGCUGCGCUUCAAGCAGUACCUACACAGCCCCCCCAAGGUGGUGGUACCCCCAGAGAGGGCACUAGCUGCAGAGGAGUCAGCCUGGGGGGAGGAUGAGGAGGCGGCUGAGCACGAUUACUACAACAGCAUCCCAGGGAAGGAGCCUCCCCCAGGGGGCCUGGUUGACUCCAGGCUCCGCCACAGCACAGCCCUGGGCCACGUCCGCACUCAGCCCUCCAGCUCUGUCCCCCCUGGCCAGGGUGGGUUAGCAGCCAGACGAGACCCGAGCAGCCAGCUGGGGCCAGCCUGGGACCUGGAGAGCCAGGGCCAGCCCUGCGAUGGGUACCUGCAGGCAGACAGCCACGCCCUGGGGCCACGGGACUACGAGGAGCACAUGUACGUGAACACGCAGAGCCUGGAUGCCUGGGAGCCGGAGCUGGUGGCUCAUGGGGCAGUGGAGGAGAGCCCCAAAAAGGACCUCUUUGAUAUGAGGCCAUUUGAGGAUGCCCUGAAGCUCCACGAGUGCAUUGCAGGGGGUGGCACCAGCCCCCCCAUUGAGGACCAGUGGCCGAGCCCCCCCACGCGGAAGGCCCCGAUCGCCCCCACGGAGGAGCAGCUCCGGCGGGAGCCCUGGUACCACGGGAAGAUGAGCCGGUGGGAUGCUGAGAGGCUCCUGCAGAUGGACGGGGACUUCCUGGUGCGGGACAGCCUCACCAACCCGGGGCAGUACGUGCUGACCGGCAUGCACAGCGGGCAGCCCAAGCACCUGCUGCUGGUGGAUCCCGAGGGAGUGGUGAGGACCAAGGAUGUGCUGUUUGAGAGCAUCAGCCACCUCAUCAGCCACCACCGGGAGAACGAGCAGCCCAUCGUGGCGGCAGAGAGCGAGCUGCACCUCCGCCAGGUUGUACAGAGGAAGCAGUGAUGCCAAGGGGAGAGGUCUUGUGGUCCCUGGCCCUGCAGGUCCUCCCUGGCUGCUGCCUACCUCCAUCAUCUGCAUGGAGCACCCUGCCCAGCUGGACACAAAGACGUUUAAUUCCACACGUACAGGUGAAAUGCUGUUGGGGUGGGAACUGCUCGGUGGCCUCAGCAGGAGGGACGGAGCCUGAAGCCUCAGGCAGGGCUGCCCUCACUUGCCCCAGCACUGGAGUGGGGGCUGGUGGACAUUGCUGUAGCUCCUGGCUUGGCUCUGCCCAUGGGGACAGGCACGACCACCUCUUGGACGCUGGUGCUGUUGGAUGUUCCUGCUGGGGACAUCCCUUUUCAGCUGGAUUCUCCCCAGGAAUGGCUGCCACAUGAUGCUCCCUGUGGCCCCAAGCCCCUGCAGCCUUCCCCAGGCCAUGGCCAGGAUGGAGCUACUGUGGGAAGGUGCAGGGCAGGGCUGAGCUGCUGGCACUGUCUCACAAGGUGUCCCAUGGCCCGUGGGGGCUCCCUGGCCAGCUCAGGGAUUUGGCAGGUUUUUAUGGCACACACAGCCCCCUUUACCUGCCCUGUGUCUGCUGCUGGGCACUGGUUUGUGGUUUGGAAUACAUUUCUAAUUAAACCUGGAAAUGAGCAAGGAACACAGGUGGUUCAUGCCACCCCUGGGCAUGGUGCUGGGACAGGUCUCCAUCACUGCCUGUUCCUGCCUGGUCUCACCUUGGCCAACCCAUCCUGUCCAGUCACACUUGUCUCUGCCCCUCUCUCCCCCAAGGAUCACCCAAUGUCCCCCUGGCUUCAGAGUGGCCUUUGGCACCCAGGGCUGGCCCUGCACAGCCUCUCCUCCUCACACCUGGCAGCUCCCUGUCCUGCUGGCUGCUGCCAGCUCCCCUCUUGCCUCCUCCUGGAGCAGCACAUGGCCACCCAUUCCUGAGUCUCCUGGAGUGGCUCUGAGUGGCACAAGCCAAGCUGUGACCCACUAGUGAAUGUGGCAGCCAGCAGAACCAGAGCUGUGGGUGGGCCUGGCUGUGGUUCCUGUGUCACAGGUGGGCAGCAGCCAGCUGGGGGGUCCAGCAGCAGUCCUGGCUGCUGGUGGCCUGUCCUGGCUCUGCUCCGUGUGCCCAGUGCUGCUGCCAGCACCCACCUCAGGCAGCAGGGUCACCCCAGCACCCUCAGCCCCUUGCUGGGGAUGGCCAGCAUCCAGGCUGGCCAGUGCCGGCUGAGCCAAUGAAUAAAAUAAGCCCCUAAAUAAAGCCCAGUAAUGAAUGCGUAA